CACUAGAUGAUUGGCCAUGAAUGCUAGUGGCCCAGGAUAUCCUCUAGCCUCUCUCUAUGUGGGUGACCUGCAUCCAGAUGUUACCGAAGCCAUGUUGUACGAGAAGUUCUCACCUGCUGGAUCCAUCAUGUCCAUCAGAGUUUGUCGAGAUGUUGCCACACGGCGAUCUCUAGGUUAUGCUUACCUAAAUUUUCAACAGCCUGCUGAUGCUGAACGGGCUUUGGACACCAUGAAUUUUGAAGUUAUAAAAGGUCGGCCCAUUCGUAUCAUGUGGUCCCAGCGAGAUCCCGGACUCAGAAAAUCAGGUGUCGGGAAUAUUUUCAUCAAGAAUCUGGAUGAUUCCAUUGAUAAUAAAGCCUUAUAUGAUACAUUCUCAGCUUUUGGAAAUAUUCUUUCUUGCAAAGUUGUUUGUGAUGAGAAUGGAUCUAGGGGUUAUGGCUUCGUCCAUUUUGAGACCCACGAGGCAGCACAUAGAGCAAUUAAUACAAUGAAUGGAAUGCUGCUAAAUGAUCGCAAGGUAUUUGUUGGCCACUUUAAGUCCCGCCGAGAGCGAGAAGCAGAAUAUGGAGCCAAAGCAAUGGAAUUCACUAAUGUCUACAUCAAAAACUUUGGAGAGGACAUGACUGACGAGAGGUUGCAAGAAAUAUUCUCAAAAUUUGGAAAAACUUUGAGUGUCAAGGUCAUGAUAGAUAGUUCUGGCCGCUCAAAAGGAUUUGGUUUUGUCAAUUUUGAGAAGCAUCAAGAUGCUCAGAAGGCCGUUGAGCAGAUGGAUGGAAGUGAGAUCAAUGACCGAACAGUAUUUGUUGGCAGAGCCCAAAAAAGGAUGGAGCGACAAAAUGAGCUGAAGCGUAAAUUUGAACAAAUGAAGCAGGAAAGAAUGAACCGAUAUCAGGGAGUAAACUUGUAUGUAAAGAACUUGGACGAUGGCAUUGAUGAUGAGCAUUUGAGAAAAGAAUUCUCACCCUAUGGAACCAUCACAAGUGCCAAGGUAAUGAUGGAUGGCGGACACAGCAAAGGUUUUGGGUUUGUAUGUUUUUCUUCCCCAGAAGAAGCGACCAAGGCUGUGACUGAAAUGAAUGGACGCAUCGUCAGCACUAAGCCUUUGUAUGUGGCCCUUGCCCAACGGAAAGAGGAGAGAAAAGCCAUUCUCACCAACCAAUACAUGCAGAGGCUGGCCACCAUGAGGGCCUUUCCUGGUCCACUCCUGUGUUCUUUCCACCCUUCUACAGGCUACUUCCUGCCCUCAAUUCCACAGCCACAAACUAGAGCUACUUUCUACAGUCCAAGCCCAGUUGCCCCGGUCCGCCCAGCCCCUCGCUGGAACACUCAGUCCUCCAGACAUCCUUCAUCCUAUCAUCCAGCUACUCCAAUGGUGAGGCCUAAUGGACCCCCUCGCCGCCUCCUCUCCAACAUCAGCACUAUGAGACAAGCCUCCACUCAAGUUCCCAGAGUACCAUCCACUGGCCAGAGAGUGGUCAACAUUGGAACGCAGACCAUUAGUGCAAGAGCCUCCUCUUCUCCAACUUUCUCACGUGGUAUCUCGCAGUACAAGUAUUCUUCAGCUGUGAGGAAUGUCCAGCCUUUGGACGCAGUAACAUCUCUGCCAAUGCAACAGGCUGUAGAACCAAUCAUUCAUAUCCAUGGACAGGAGCCUUUGACCACAUCCGUGUUGGCUGCAGCCCCUCCUCAAGAACAGAAACAAAUACUUGGUGAACGUCUCUAUCCUCUAAUUCAUGCAAGGCACCCCACCCUUGCUGGGAAGAUUACAGGCAUGCUGUUGGAGAUAGAUAAUUCUGAUCUGCUACUUAUGCUGGAGUCACCAGAAUCCCUUCAGUCUAAGAUCGAGGAAGCAGUAGCUGUGCUUCAAGCCCAUCAGAUCUCUGAAGCAACCCACAAGAGCAGUUCAACGGCAUUUCACCCUUGACGGAAGGUGAUCCAAAGUAAUGUCGAAGUUCAAUGGAGUUUAGUGAGGCCGUAAUUUUUGUUUACAAUUCAGACUGGAAUUUAUUACAUCACUGGAUGUGUAAAUCUCAAAGACCAGUACCAGUUCCAAUACCAGUAUCACCAUUUAAACAGCAAUCAUCCUUGAAUAACUCAAAAAAUUGCAGCAAACUAUAUAAGAGUUGCAUAGAAAACUGUUCCAGAAGUGGUAUUCAGCCGGUUGGGACUGGUUUGGGCAAACCGGUAGCACCAACUGCGGGUGGGCCUGCCCACCCGCCCUGGCAUAAUACCAUCCUAUUUAGCCACGUUUUCAAAGCUGGGCGCAUGUGCGAAAGGCAUGUGUGUGAGCAAAGUUCAUGGAUGGAAGGCCGGGCACAUGCGCGGAAUGCGUGCAAGCGAAGCAAGUGUGCAGGCGUGGGGUGAACUGGUGGUAAGAAUAUGUGAAAUCCACCAUUGUGCUGCUCAUAGUGGUGCUGGCUAAUAUGUAUAUCUCGAAGAUAUUUCCUUUCUAUGACCCAUUUAAAGUUGAAUAAAAUUUUAAUUUGUAAAAUAAUACUUAUGAAUUAUUAUAUUACAUACAAUUAAUCAAACUGUGGUUUAAAGUGUAAUGUCAACUCCACCAGUGGCAUUAUCUGAUUACUUAACAGUCAAGUUAGGGAAGUUAUUA